ACACGUACUUCACGAGCGCCCACGUCCUCUAUCUCUCACCGACAGAUACAGACAUUUACACACGUAGGCCAGAAGAGCGCUAACCACGGUACUGUGACUCCACGCAGGUUCCCAGGACACGCCUUUUACAUUGUAACCGAACCGAUCAGCGAACACAGACAAACCUGCCAACACUUAAGUCUACUGGCUGGAUUUCAUCUCCAUGGCAACAAGCAUGGAAGUAAACAAGAUAUUAAGAUGAUGUUUUCCCUCUGAGGGUGUUCUGAAAGCUAAUGGGGAUGGCGGGGCAAUGGCUAAUGAUCCACAGCUACUGUUGCCUGCUACUUGCAGGAUGCUCUGUUGGGCCAACAGGUGACUCCAGCAGGAAUUCUGAAGAGCCAUAAUGAUGUGACAGUGAAUAAUGAGUAGUACCUACUGUGGCAACUCUUCAGCUAAGAUGAGCGUCAAUGAAGUAUCAGCUUUUUCGUUAACUCUGGAACAAAAAACUGGCUUUGCUUUUGUUGGGAUUUUGUGUAUCUUCUUAGGACUUCUUAUUAUUAGAUGCUUCAAAAUCCUGUUAGACCCGUACAGUAGCAUGCCUUCCUCUACAUGGGAAGAUGAAGUUGAAGAAUUUGAUAAAGGGACAUUUGAAUAUGCACUUGCAUGAGAGUUCCACCUUUAUGGUUUUUUAGAGUUAUGCCACUGGGACCCAUGGAAGAUACAACUGUAAUCUCCUCGAGCAUGCUGGAAGAGGCUCACUUCAUCCACUAAAUUCAAUAAACAUGUAUGGCUGGCCAACUCAUCUAAUCUCUAUGGACUUCAGUGAGGAAGCUAACCAGAGGAUUUUUAAUGUCCCUUUCAAUUCUAGUGCCCUAUGAACUCUGUGAACAUAUCGGGAAACCCAGAGAUCUGAGAUGAAUGAGGAUUUAGGAUGUUAUGAAAAUUUUUUCAGUUUAGGAGUCCCAAUUCUGUGGUUUGAAUUCUAAUGUUGACUUAGCCAAGAAGCUUUAUGACCUAUAAAGCUGUCUAAGAGGAACCUUUCCAUAUCUACAAAAACAAGGAUAAAGAAACCUAUCCUGCAUAUCUUGCAGGAAUGUUGAGAGGACCAAGUGAUGUAAGAUGAAUGUGAAAGCAAUAUGAAAACCAUAAAAACCUUGUUGAAACAUA